AUUGGGUUUGCGUUUGCUCUGGUGUGCGAUCCAAUUCGUGCUUGAAGAUUGCGGCUAGGGUUUUUGCUCGCCUAUUUCAUCGCUUCCCCGAUUUCUUACUCUUUCUAAUGGCGAUUGUAUCCCGCCGGCGACUGUGCUAGUCUCACACAUUACCCUGGGGCGGUUGCGAGGCCGGAAAUUUGGAGAUAUCUUGCGGCGAUGGCUCCCAUCAAUUCAUUCGCGCUACUGGGCGAUGACGAUAACGAUGACCCUUCACAGCUCAUCGCCGCUCAGCAGCAAAAGUUGGCGGCCCAAAAGACUGCUGUUCCAGCCUCCGCCAUUCCGGUAGCGGCGAAGCUUCCUGCAAAACCGCUUCCUCCUUCACAAGCCGUGAGGGAAGCCAGGAACAAUGCUGCACCAGCACGUGGUGGGGCUGGCCGAGGCAUACCUACCCGUGGGCGAGGCAGUGGACGAGGUCCAAAUCGUGACUUUGGAAAUGAGAACUCGAAUGGGUAUAACAGAUCCUAUGGUGGUGGUCGUGGUGGUGGUGGUGGUGGUGGUGGUGAAGAUGGUGACGUUGACAAGCCUGAGAGGGAACGUCCCCCACGUCAGCCUUCUAGUCGUGGUCGUGGUGGAUAUGGGGGUCGUGCUGAAUACAGCAAUGAUGAAAAUGGAGGUGACUCUGAACGGCCCCCACGCAGGUUGUAUGAGCGUCGGAGUGGCACUGGCCGAGGCUAUGAGAUGAAACGUCAAGGUUCAGGGCGUGGUAAUUGGGGAACUUCUACUGAUGAGACACUCGCACAGGAAAAGAAUGAUUCCUUCAAGUCUGAUGAAAAUUUGCCAAGUGAAGAGCAUCAAGAACAGCAAACUUCACCUUUAACAGAGGUGAACAAGGAUACGGAUGGUGCAACUAAUGAACCUGAAGAAAAGGAAGAAGAUAAGGAGAUGACUUUGGAAGAAUAUGAGAAAGUAAAAGAGGAGAAAAGAAAAGCUUUACUUGCACUGAAAGCUGAGGAGAGGAAGGUAGAAAUAGACAAGGAGUUGCAAUCAAUGCAGCUACUAACAACCAAAAAGGAAGUUGAUCCUGUUUUUGUUAAAUUGGGUUCUGACAAGGAUAUAGGGAAAAAGAAAGAAAGUGUUGAUCGAGAUGAAAAGAGCAAAAAGUCCUUGAGCAUGAAUGAGUUCUUCAAGACCAGCAAUGGCAAACAAUACUACAGCUCAGGUGGCCGUGGCCGUGGACGUGGCAGGGGAAGAGGUGACCGUGCACCAUUCGGAAGCAGUCUUGGAGGCAAGGGAGCAAGCCAUAUAACGGAUGCCCCAUUGAUUGAAGAUCCCAGUCAGUUUCCCACGCUAGGGGGAAAAUAAAGAACUCUAGUUUUCCCAACUGUCAUUUCCUGAGAUACCUAGUUCUUAAUUUAAGACUCGUUUUGCUUCCUGAGAAGUAAACAUUGUGUGGGUUCUUCAGUUCAUUUUUCAACUUAUGUAUAUUGAAAGCUGUCUCUCAACAACAGCAUGCUUUUCUACAUUUAAACAGAAUGUUAGUGCGUUCAGUUUUGGUCGUUCA